CUACAACUCGGGCUCAGGCAAGGAAGCAGGCGGCUUGGGGGAAAAUAAAAUAAAGCAAGGUCUGUUGCCUAGCUUGGAGGAUUUGCUCUUUUAUACCAUUGCAGAAGGACAAGAAAAAAUACCAGUUCAUAAGUUCAUCACAGCUUUAAAAUCUACAGGUUUACGCACAUCUGAUCCAAGACUGAAAGAAUGCAUGGAUAUGUUAAGAUUGACCCUUCAGACAACAUCAGAUGGUGUCAUGCUAGAUAAAGAUCUCUUUAAAAAAUGCGUCCAAAGCAAUAUUGUCUUACUAACGCAGGCUUUCAGGAGAAAAUUUGUCAUUCCUGAUUUUAUGUCAUUUGCCUCUCAUAUUGAUGAGUUAUAUGAAAAUGCUAAAAAACAGUCAGGAGGAAAGGUUGCUGACUAUAUCCCACAACUGGCUAAAUUCAGUCCUGACUUGUGGGCAGUGUCUGUUUGCACAGUCGAUGGGCAGAGGCAUUCUGUCGGAGAUACCAAAGUCCCAUUUUGUCUUCAGUCCUGUGUAAAGCCUUUGAAAUAUGCUGUUGCUGUUAAUGAUCUUGGCACAGAGUAUGUACACAGAUAUGUUGGUAAAGAACCUAGUGGAUUAAGAUUCAACAAAUUGUUCCUCAAUGAAGAUGACAAACCUCAUAAUCCUAUGGUGAAUGCUGGAGCAAUUGUGGUCACCUCUUUGAUCAAGCAAGGAGCAAAUAAUGCUGAGAAGUUUGACUAUGUAAUGCAGUUCAUGAAUAAGAUGGCUGGAAAUGAAUAUGUCGGUUUCAGUAAUGCCACGUUCCAGUCUGAAAGAGAGAGUGGAGACAGAAACUUUGCAAUAGGCUAUUAUCUGAAAGAGAAAAAGUGUUUUCCAGAGGGUACAGAUAUGGUUGGCAUACUGGAUUUCUAUUUCCAGUUGUGCUCCAUAGAAGUGACUUGUGAAUCUGCUAGUGUCAUGGCAGCAACCCUUGCUAAUGGUGGCUUUUGCCCCAUCACUGGUGAGAGAGUCCUGAGUCCUGAAGCAGUUCGGAACACACUAAGUUUAAUGCAUUCCUGUGGCAUGUAUGACUUCUCAGGACAGUUUGCCUUCCAUGUGGGUCUUCCUGCAAAAUCUGGAGUUGCUGGUGGCAUUCUCUUGGUUGUUCCUAACGUUAUGGGCAUGAUGUGCUGGUCACCUCCGCUAGACAAGAUGGGCAACAGCGUUAAGGGGAUACAUUUUUGUCAUGAACUGGUUUCUUUGUGCAACUUUCAUAAUUAUGAUAACCUGAGGCAUUUUGCAAAGAAGCUUGAUCCUCGGAGGGAAGGUGGUGAUCAGCGACAUUCCUUUGGACCAUUGGACUAUGAGAGUCUCCAGCACGAACUUGCAUUAAAAGAAACUGUGUGGAAAAAAGUGUCACCCGAAUCAAAUGAGGACAUCUCCACUACUGUGGUGUAUAGAAUGGAAGGUCGGGGAGAGCAAAACUAGUGCAAUGGGAGAGUUUUGAUUUCAUCUUUAAACACACUCCAGUUUGUCUAGAUUACACAGUUCCAAAUAUUUUAGUUUUAUUCUUUUGAUUUCAGUAAUUUGUAAAUAUGCUUGAGACACCAAAAAUUGGUAUAUCAAUAAUUUUAUAUUAACUGCUUUAAUAAUUUUUUUCAGAAAGCAAUUUGAAACAAAACUUAACAUGUGUGCUAUCUAAACUUGUGUUGUGCUUAAGGAAUGAAUUCAAAAGGGAAUUUUUAGGGGUGCUGAAAAAUUAAGAAAUAUUGCAGUGCAUCAAGAUGCAAACAGCAUAAUUGUUAACAAAAAGCAUGAGAGCAAAGGAUAUAGGAAAACAUGAGUCCCAGAUCAUAAGUAGAUAUUUCUUUUAUUGUCAAUAUAUUCUAAAAAAUGACCCGUUAUCUUUUCCAUGAACUGUUUAAAAACUUGAUCCCAAUUAUUUGGAUUUAAAUUCAGUUAAUUUCAGUGUAACCAAUUGUAAGUCAAGUUAACUGUUCAACUUUUGCAACACUGGCAAAAGAAUACAAGACUUUUACAUAAAGCAUAUUGGUAAACAAACUUAUUUAAGGCUGUGUAAAAAAUAUUAGUAUGUUACAAUAUGAGUUAAGGUAAGAAAGUCAUGCUGGAUUAGACAAAAAUCCUAAUUCCAGGAUUCUGCUUUUUCAAUGGCCACUUAGCAUCCUUUUGCUGUUUUUCACCAGCAGUUGAUACUGUAAGUCAGUCUAUUUCUGAUAUAGGAGGUAGUGUAUAGCCAUUAGGGCUAGCAUCCAGUUGAUAGCUUCAUCCUUCAUGAAUGUUUCUAAUUCAGUUUUAAAACCAUAACAAGUUUAUGACCAUCCCUAUAUCUUAAGUAAUAAAUUCCAUGGUACAAGUGCUCUGUGAAGAAUCACUUCCUUGUGUGAUCGGUGACCCUGGGUUCUAAUAUUAUAAAAAGGGGGUAAUAAAGCUUAUCUCUCACUGAUUGUUUACACCCUCUUUAUUUUUAUGCUCCUCUAUCAUGCCUCCCCUUACUUUUACUUUUCCAAGCUAAAAGACUUCAAAUAUUAAACCAUUUUCUUGUAGGAGAUUGAGCUCUUGUAGUAAAUCUAGUAGAAGUGUGUUAGAAAAAUGUGCUUCUAUUGAGCCUUCAACUUCUGAAAAAAAUGAUGGUCUGAUUUGUUUAGGCAUCAGAAAUCAGGUACAAAGGCUAGAUUCCACUACUCAGUUGUGAUUGCAGCAGCCUAUAACCCUAUAAAAUUAGAAAUCUACUGUAGAUGAGGUAAGGAUAUGUUCAGAAUGCAUUGCAAAAAACAAUGUGGAAACUACAGAAUUUUAGCACGGUUGCUUCUGCGCUAGAAACCUGUAGUGCUGCUGAAGGAUAGCUUUCCUCAGUUAACCAAGCACGGGAUUAAGUACUGUGUCAAGUAUAAUUUAAGGAAGAGUCAUAAACUCAGUCGGGUAGAAAGCAGAUGACACUAAGUAUAGAUAAUACUGUGCUAUAUGGAUCAACAGCCUUGAUAUGAGUAAACAUCCAGUAUGCUCAUAUAAUAAGUGGCAUCUGUUCUCAUAGUCAGGUUCUUUCUGUGAUUCCUCUUCACAAAGCUUUGUUCAACUACGUUUUCUUCUACAAAUGAAAACUUCUUGUACUCAAGUUCAGUAUUAUUUACUGGAUACUUAAAAAAUCAAUAUGGCUGCAGUAUUGGUGACUUUUCCUUAUUUAGUCUGCUAAAUAUCUCAGAAAAAUUCUAGGAAAGAAGAUAAUAUUAGAAUGUUCUAAACAGGAGUGGGGAAACUGUGAGUCCUUUGGGUGUUGCUGAAUUAUAACUUCUAACUUCCCUUGCUAUGGGUAAUGCCUAUGUUUUGGGGAGUUGUAAUUCAGUAACUUUUGGGGGCCAAAGUUUCCCUAUUCAUAGAAUGGUAGAUUUGAAAGGCAUGACAAGGAUCAUCUACUCCAGGCCUCUGCAGUGCGCAGUUCUAACAUCCUUGAGAGGUAACUGUCUGGCCUCUUCUCUAGAGACUAACAACCUCUGUGUGCAGACAGCUCCACUGUGUACAAAUCUUAUUUUCAGGAAGUUUUUCCUUAUAUUUAAACAACAGUUGGAACUGCAACUUCUCCCUAGUCCUAAUUUCUGUAGCAGUAGACCAUCUUCCCCAGAACACUCUUUUAUACACCUGAACUUUGAUAUUGUAUUUCCACUCAGUUGUCUUUUUUCCAGGCUGAAUAUCCCAAAUUUCUUAAGCCUGUCCUAAUAGGACAUGUCCUCCAUUCCUUGCAUUGUCACCUUUGUUGCCCUCCUCUUAACAUAUUUGAACCUGAUGAUAUCCUGGAAAUGUAGUGCCUACCACUAUCCUGGUAGUGCCCAGAUAUGUACACAGUACUUAUAGGUACUGUGAGAGGAAUAAAGAUGUCAUGUGUUUUCAGUACAGUGCUUCUUCUAAUGUACCCAGAACUGCCAUUGGCCUUUCUAAUAGCUGUCUCACACUGCUGUCUCAUGUUCAGCCUGUUUUCAAUGACCACACCCAAGCCCUUCUUUGAUGGGGUACUUCCAAGUCAUGAAUCUCCCAUCUUGUUUGUGUGUCCUGUAUUUUUAUUCCCUAAAUGUAAUAGCCUACAUUUUUCAUUGGUGAAGAGCAUUUUGUUCCUUUCAGCCCAGUCCUCCAGCCUGUCCAGAUUUUGCAAUCUCAUUUCAUUGGCCUGGGUGGGGGCCAGAGCUCCCAAUUUUGUGUCUUCUGCAAAUUUGAUCUAGACAAGAGGAAAGUUUGAGUUAAUACCAGCACUAGAAUGUGCUCUUAAAGCACUGGGGGAGUAUAGGAAACAAAACCCCAGUGCUAAAUUACAUUUAAAGAAGUCAUGCUUUAUCAAUCUCUACAAUUAAUGCUCUUAGAAAAGCAUUUUUAUUAUAAUGACUGCAAUAGCCAAUUAUCAUGUUAAUGGAUUGGAAGCAAUCCAGACAGAUUGAUAAGGUUGAAGCUGGUUUGUUGAUAACAGGAACAAUGCCUUUUCAGUGGUGUCUUCAUACUAGUGGAAUUCUCUUUUUGCAGAAAUCUGCUUGGCCCUUUCUGUCUUUUAAGCAGAAUCAAUCUUAUGCUGACAUAUUGCUGCCCCCCUCAACGUACCAUUUUUAAUUUGUUGCUUUUUAAUUUUGGUUAUUGCUGUAAAAUACCGUAGGGGUCCUUUUUUAAAAGGCAUGGUAGUAGGUGGGGGGUUUGUUUUUGUUUUGUUUUAUUCAUGGUUCAAGACCAAAAACAGGAAAAAACCAACAAUACAAUAUAAUGAGUAUAAAAGGGAAGUUUUAAAAGAAUGUGAGAGAAUACUAAAACAGUUAGCAGCCAAGAAUUAAUAAAAUGAGGGAGGAACCAGACAGCUUCUAACAGCUAUAGCAAUUGAUAAAAACAUUGCAACCUUUUUAAAGGUUUCUGAAGAGUGGUCAGCCAGAAGAAGGGUAAUGGCUUCCUAGUCACAAUGGCAAUUAGAGUUGUUAACAAUUGGAAGUAUUAAAUUCCAGUACUUAAUGGAAGUAUUAAGUAUUGGGUAUACAUUGGGUGUACAGUGGACAUUUUAAUAGCAUGUAUAAGAAGAUUCUACCUCCAUGUCUGAACAAAAGCAAGUUCAGCUUUCAUAUGGGAGACUUCUAAAUCUACCAAUUGUUGCCAUAAUAGAUAGUGACCCAGUUCAGGCCAAAGUAAACAGUCUCCUAUGACGAACAUAUAAGAUGUUAAAGAAAGAUCUAGGAACAAUCUGGGGAGGAGGAGCAAUUGUGUUAUAAAAGGGAUGGGAAACGUUGGCUCUGUCACUUUGGAUAUCUAAAUCCCAAAUUCUCUUGUGUCAAUUCAGCCAGUUUUAUCAAGCCCCAAAGCAGGUGCUGCUGACAAGGUAAGACCACAGUAUACCAAAUCGUCAUUAAUUUGUCUUCCUAGGGUGGAAGACAACCUGCCUGGCAAGUGAGAUGGUCUAAGGAAGUUCCCAAAUAGACUUGCUUCAGCCAGAAUCUAAGAUGACAAUAUUUUAAUUGUGCCCCAAGGGAAAUGCAACCUAAUUCCAGUUGUGUUAGAGUGUUAGAAGUUGAAUAAAGAACUCGUAGUAAGAUUUUCAAGAAUUUUGGUUGGAUUGCCUCUAAAGUACUAGAUUGCUUUUAAAUACAUAGCUGAGCACUAUAUAGCAUCAAACCCAGAACUUUGGCUUUAAAUAGUUUAAUAGCUGUUGGGACUUAAUAAUUACCAAAUUUGACCUGCAAAUUUAGCAAUUGCAAGGGAUGUUUUGGGGGCUUUUACUAGAAGUUCUCCAUUUGAACAGACCAGCAGGUAGAAGAUUGAAAAUAGACAGCUAAAUAUUUAAAGGAUUGUACCUGCUUGGUGAGUUUGCCAUUGAUCAUCCAUCUAAUUGGGGCUUUAAGCGUUUUCUAGAGAAUACUAAUAUUUUGUUUUAGAGUAGCUUGGUUCGAGGUGUUCUCUAGAGCAGGAGAGUGAUAAAGCUAGCAGGAAAUAAUUUUAAAAAUUAUUUUGUCCUCCUUAUUUGAUGAAGGUGCUUUCUCUCUGGCCCUUCUGCCAGCUUCUGUGCUACCCCAUUUUCCUGUAUAUUUCGCUUCUUAAGGAGAUCAGAUUUGAGGAAGUGCACAAGACUCACUUGAUGAAUGGCUGAUGGAUGAACAUGAAACUACUAAUCUGUGAGAAUGGAAGCAACUGUUACAAAGAUGUUUUUAGCUUGAUUGAACUAGAUUGGGGCAGAGAUAAAUGUUCUCUUUCUGAAUCAGCACCACCUAUGUCACUUCACCAAGCAGGUGGUUUCAGUUAAAUUUGGAAUACCAUGCACCUCUAAAGCAUUUGGCAUAUGCAGAUUUUUGGUGUCUUUGUAAUGACUGCAUUUAGUAUGUGUGAAAAGGCCUUAUGGCCUUGGGAAAUAGGACACAAAACUUUGAUUUGUGGACAUUAUCAUUGGAUAAGGAUGGGCAAUGAAUGGACCAUCUGAUGUUAUUGAUAUUCUGCUCUUCAUAGUGCUAGACAACCUGGCCAAAGUGACUAAUGAUGGGGAUGGUAAUAAAAAAUAAGGUUGUCCCUGCUGUCCAUUUUAAGCCUGAAAGACUUCCUAAACUAUUAAAACAGUCGGUUUCAGACUUGACAUGAGGUGUUUUGAGUUCAGAGUAGUUCAGAUUUGAAACAUUUUACAUAUGUCUGUCUAGAGUCUUCUAAGUUAUACCACCAGAUUAUACCCACCAGAGAAAUGGCUACGUUCCAGGAAGAAUCAACUGUAUGGUCAAGGCCACAAACAUGAUCUCGAAAGUUGACAGAAUAUUGUUGUUUUUAAUCUGUAAUUAGUAAAGCUUAGUGUGCAUUUUUGUUCAUAGCAGUAUCAGUUCUUAGUAUUCAAGCAUUUAUCUUGUUGUAUUCCCCCCUGCCCUUUGACAUAAUUAAUGCUUAAAAAUAUGUGUUUAAACUUUGUUUUACCAUGUGUUCUAUGAUUUUUUCUCCUCAGUUUAAAUGAUUUAUGUGUUCCACUUUUCAUUUACAUUGUAUGUUAUUUAUGUACCUUGAGCACAUACACUUUGUAUUAUAAUAAAUUUUUAUUUUAAGCAGA